CUGCAAACACACCGUUUAAAAGAGAGAGUCCUUUUGUCAGAAACACAAUUUAUUUUAACUUCUCACCUGAACGCACUUUGAAUCUGACGAAUCUGAUCGCCACAAUGAAAUAUUUGGCUCUGGCUGUGCUGCUAUGUGGUCUCCUGUCACUGUCAAAUGCUUUUUGCUACUUUAAGGUCAUUGAACCAGGUACAACACACUGUCAGGAUAACGAGGACAAGACAUGGCAUGCUGUAGGAUCUACAUGGAGAAACAGUAAAUGUAUGGAUUGUGACUGCAGUCAAUGUUGUUCUGCGUAUUCCACCCCCAAGCAGUUCCCUGAUGACUGUGUGUCAGUGUUUGACUCACAGAUAUGUGACUACAGAGUCCACAAGAGAGACGACCCAACAGUGGAAUGUCCAAUUUAUGCUGCAGUAGGGAAGUGAUACAGUAAUAGUUUUGGGUGGUCUGAAGGUGCAGCCAUGAUUAUUCAGUCUCACAAGCAAAUGCUGCCUGUUUUGUUGGUUGGAAUAUGAACUGUCAGAAAAUGAAAAAAAAAAAAAUACUUUUACAAAUAAAAUUUCAAAUGACUAGAUACAUAGAUAAAUUAAAGAAUAAAUCAUCAACAUUU